AUAAUUACUUACUUUUUACUCUAUUUGCACCCCCCUACUUUUUCAUCCAAACAACAAUUUACCCCUCCACUUACACCCUCCACCAAGUUGCACCCCCCAACAAUUUACCCCUCAACUUGUACCCCCCUCGAACUUGCACCCCCCUUGUUGCCAAACAUAGUGUACAUGUCAAGUAGGAACAGUUUGAUACGAGAAUAAAUACAUGAUGUUUUCACGUCAAAUCACAAAACGAAAAUCAGAAAACAAGAUCGAUCAAAUAUUUAUUGUGUCAAUGAUAAGAUAUCUUAUUUUGCCACGAUAUUGGUAUUCCUGUUAAACCACGAUACUGGUCAAACGUUUAUUGACGCCUCCAAAACGCGUGGCUUGUCCUUCGCGCCAUCCGGAUAACCGCCUGUACAUCCAUAUGAAAAAGUACAUUAGUAAUCCCGUGGCGAUCAUUCUCUCCAACAAUCAAGUCAUCCACAUAAGCUAAAGUCUGUGUAUAAGAAGUAUCAGUAGCUUUGUAGCACAAGGGGUGAUCCACAUUGUUGAAUUGAUACCCUUGAAUAUGAAGCUUAUCUAGAAGUUUUGAUGAUCAUUGUUCGGAUGCUUGUUUGAGACUAUAUAAAGACUACUUGACAUGGUAGGUUGGGAUUACAAUCUUUGGUGAUAUUGUGUAAUCUAGUGAAAGUUUCAUAUAAACUUCCUAAUCAAGAUCACCAUGCAUAAAUGAAUGUCCGUUCACAUAUAGCUGAACAUACAAGUUUUAUGCUUAGGAGUGGCCAAAAGUAUCAUAAUAUUUGCCAUAUUGACAACUGAGGCAAAAGUAUAUUGGUAGUCAAAAUUUUCUUGUUGAUUGUAUCUAUUGCCACAAGUUUGACCUUUUACCUUUUCGCACUCUCAUUUGGAUAAAAUUUAACCCUAUAAAGACACUUGUUGUCUACUGCUUUCUUUCCUUUAGGUAGUUGGACAAUCCAAGAGUGGUUUUGUUUCCCCGGCGAGAAAAACUAGAUGAACAAAAUUGGAUUUUGCACCUUUGACUUCUAAACAAAAGAUUGAACAAACACGGUCCACACCUCUUUAAACAAAGUUCAAACAAGGGUGUUCGAUGUUCUUGAUGAUGAGGCAAACUAAAUUAGAUUAAAGCGUAGUUUGGCCCUGCUGUAGCUUUUGCAGAAGCAGCUUCUGACUUGAGCUUUUAGAUAAGUACUUUUCAAAAAAAGCAGUUUAGUGUUUGGCUGUAAAACUAUUAGAAGUGCUUUUUAAUAUGAGCGGUUGUGUAAAAUGACUAUAAAGGACUUAUAAUAUAAAAUAUAAAUAAAAAUUCUAAACAAUAAAAAGUAGUCAAAAUGGAUCUUGUUAGAUUUCUUUUAUAUUAAAUAAUAUGAUUUUAUAAUUUAUUUUAUUUUUAAAAUGAUAUAAAUGUAGGAAAAUUAUAUUUUCAGAAAUAAAAUUAAAAUAUGGUAAGGAUAAUCUUGUAUUUUCAAAACAGCUUUUCGCAGAAGCUCCAAAUCGGAGCUUCUGCUUUUAUGUUAUACAAAAGUGAUUUUCGGCUUUUCAAAAGCCGAACUUUUAGAGGUGUUUGGCCCUGCUUCAGCUUUUGAAGCCGAAAAGCACUUCUAAAAGCCAGGCCAAACAUAGGCUAACUCUAUUCCUAUGGAGGUUCAGUGAGAGCUGUGAAACUACAACUAUGGCUAUGACUACAUUUGCAGAGGAAAAGGUAAAGAUAAAAGGAUAAAAUUUGACAUUGUGUUGUCUAGUGUGAUUUUGGCGAACCCUUUCUCUGUCAUCUUCACCUCCUAUUUAUAGCCACCAGAAGUGAUUGCUUCGAGAAAUUACUCCGCUGACGUGGAGUGACGGUUACUCUCUCAACUGCUCUGACGGUUACCUUGACGUUGGAUGUAGACUCUCUUCAGUCUUGGCCCCUCCUCUGGAGACCUCACUCCAUGCUCUUGGUAUCUCCUCCGUAGCUUUGCUUGUCUAUAGAGAAAAAAUGGCUAAGACAUGAAAGCAGACCACAUGCCACAUAUGGGUGGGUACAUGAAUCACCUAAGUUAAAAUGGCAAAAAUACUUCACCAAUACUAGAGUAGGGACACCACGUGCUCACAUGACCUCCCUUAACCACCUCAUGGGGGGGGGGGGGGGGGGGGUGUCUUGGUAGCCCCCCUAACAACCUCAUGGGAGGGAAUGUUGACCACGCCCCUUGGCCAUAACAUGGGGGAUCACCACGCUGAUCAUAUCAUGGGGAUUGCAUGCUCAUGGCGGUGUGGGUUGAUGGCCACCCCCUGAUCAUCUCAUAGGGUCUUCCAUACUUAGCCAAAUUUCCAACCCACCUCACCACACUAAAAGGUACCCCAUGGGGGUGGUAAUAUGACCCCCUCACUACGUCCCUGUGGGUGGCGGUAACCCCCCUCGGGAUGGUGGAAUGAUGCCCACCUCACCCCCUACCACGUCCUGGGGGUUGACGUAUGGUGGCAACCCCCCUUACCAUGUCCCGGGGGUGGUGAGAUGAUGACCACCCCCCUUACCACGUCCUGAGGGUGGACGUAUGUGGUGGCCACCCCCCCACCCCCCCUACCACGUCCUAGGGGUGGCGAUAUGGUGCUCCCCCUUUACCACGUGCUGGGGGUGGACGUAUGGUGGCCACUCCCCUUACCGUGUCCUAGGGGUGGCGGUAUGGUGCCCACCUACCUUACCACGUCCUGGGGGUGGCGAUAUGGUGCACACCCCCCUUACCACGUCCUGAGGGUGGACGUAUGAUGGCCACCCCCCUUAUCUUUUCCUAGGCGCACAUCAUAACAUGAGAUAAUGGGGCCAAAAAUCCAAUUCACGUGGCCCACUUAAUUGAUUUAAACCUUUAUAAUUAAGUUGGCCUUAUAAAGCCAUUUAAUCCUUUAUUUUUAAUCGAUGUGGUGCAAGUUGAUUUUUUUAGUGGUAAACAGGUUUGUUUUUAGAGUUGCCAAUUCAACCCUAAUUGCUUGAUUUUAUAAGGUAACAUGCUUGCUUCUUUCUAAGUGUUUAAUUCACCAUGGGAGGAGAUGUUAAGCAUAGAGAGUACAAAUUCUCGUAUCCACAACAUAAAAAAUCGAAUAGGUGAUACCUAAAGUCUACUGUUGUGGAAGAUGACUGGUGGAAGAAAUUUGUUAAAGUUGGUUGCACUGGUAUAUUUGAAGGUGUUUAAGUGUGGUUUGGUAUGCCAGAAUUUCUAAGUGAUGGUUGAGGUUAUACUUGAUGAGGUGGUGGUGAAGGUGAGUCUUGGUCUUCCAAAUCUGGCUUCUGUUUUGAGCUCACUCAAAGUGGAUGCCAUUGAUGAAUGCUUGUAGUUCAUUUGGUGGACUAGGUGGAUAGGGUGGGUUGUACGAAGGGUGGAAUCAUAUUAUAAUGUAGGAUUGAAAGGAUGGUUAUAAGGUUUGGAAGUGAUAUUGUAUGGAUUGGUGUCUUUAAGUGAAAAAUCAUUUUCGUAGAACAAUACAUCUCUCUAUGUGAAAAUAUCAUAGCUAGUAACAUCAUAGAUUUUAUAGGCUUGAUCCUUGCCACAUAUCCAAUAAUUUUCCAUUUAUGGCUUUGGGGUCAAUUUACUUUAAUUGCUUGCAGUAUUAGCAAAGCACAUACAACGAGAACCCUAAGGUCUGGUAGGUCUUGUUUUUUGUUCUGAAGUUUGUCAAAGGGUGUUUGUUCCCCAGAACAAUAAUGGGAACCAUGUUGAAUAAAUACACUAUAUUUUAAUACAGCCUAGGCGCGAAAGGUUGGCUUGGAAUCUCAAGUCUCUGGCUACAACCAGGAUAUGUUGGUGUCCUCAGUCUUGGCCCCUCCUCUUGAGACCUCACUCCAUGCUCUUGGUAUCUCCUUCAUAGCUUUGCUUGUCUAUAGAGAAAAAAUGGCUAAAGCAUAAAAGCAGACCACGUGCCACAUAUGGGUGGGUACUUGAAUCACCUGAGUCAAAAUGGCAAAAAUUCUUCACCAAUACUAGAGUAGGGAGACUGAUAGACCGUUAGUUGCACAUGUUUUUACCCCUAUUCUUUAGCCGUUUGAGAUGUCGAUUCCCGCAUUUAGGCCGAUUUCACGCUAGGUUGUUCGUGUUUGUGAUAUUUCAGGUCCUAGCACAUGAAUGAAGGCCUGGGAACGAGUUCGGGGUUGAUUGGACGAAGAUUGGACGUUUGGCGAGAAGCUGGGAAGCCACACGGGCACCAAUGCACCUCACACGGCCGUGUAGGGGCCCCUUGUGGCCGUGUGAAGGCUCGGUAAAAGCCACACGGGCAGCCUGGGGAGCCACAUGGCCGUGUGGCCUCUGCCCGUGCAGCUUGCCUGGUUGCCCACUAAUCGAAACGCCGCGUUUGAACACUCACAUGGGCAUCUGGGAAAGUCACACGGCCGUGUGGCCUGGCCGUGUGAGUCGGGAAUCUCUGGUUUUAAGCCAAAUUUCGAGCCAAAGGAGAGGGGGAGCUGGGUUUUGGUUCCCAAACACCCAAGGGACGAACCCUAGAGAGAGAGCGAGUUGGGAACAUUCUUAGAGCUAUUUUGGAGGAUUUCUUUGCCAUUGGAGCUCAAGAAUCAAGCUUGGAGAUGGAGAUUGAAGAUCUAGAUCAGAUUUCUACAGUCUCUCUCUUCUCCAUGGAGUAACUUCCCUUCACUUAGGUUGUGAGGAACCCUAGUUCCAUGUGUUAGGAUCUUUCUGGUAUGAAGUUUUGGAUGCUAUAUUGUUUGAUUAUAAUCGAUUGAUGCAUGAUUUAUAGAGUCAAUUGAAGCCUGAUCAUCUUCUCUUGAUUUCUGCUUUACCUAUGAUAGAUAGAAUCUGAUUAGGUUAAGAGAGCUUCCUUGAUUGAUAGUGGUGAAUUGGUUGUGCGAGAGUCAAUCAAUUCACUGCUUUGUACUGGAAUUCAUUCCAGUAGUGGAGAUCUGUGCUUAUUGCUUCAGCUUUCUAUCCCGGUGAGGACUAGUCGUCUGCCGGGUAGUUAGACUGAGAGGGUUUGGACAGCUUAAGAGAUUCCAAGCUACUGUCGGAUCUUCCGCAGUCUAAUCAAUAGUAAAUCAACCCAGGGUAAUUACAACUGAGACCUAACUAAGGAGCUAGGGGGACUCGAGAUCUGUGUGAAUCGCCGUAGCAGUCUAUCCCGGUGAAGGCUAGUCGCCUGCCGGGUAUUCUGUCUAAGAGGGCUUGGUCAACUUAAGAGAUUCCAAGCUAAUUUAGGAUCUUCCGCAGUUUAAUCAACAGUAGAUCAACCAAAGGUAAUUGCAACUUGGACCUAAUUGAGGAGCUAGGGGGAAUCAUACCUAAGUGAGUUCCCAACUUGUAAUUAGUAGAGUAGUUUAGUAAAUCAAUCCUUAAUCUAGUUUGCUAGAUAAUGAACUGAAGCUGAGUAAUAGUAACUCUAGAGACCCGUGGAUUCGAUAUUUAUUGCUUGUGCCACUAUACUGCAGUCCCUUUCAUUGGUUACACUUGGCCAUUGUUAGGUGUUGUGUCGUAGCAUGUCAGAGACCACAUGCUCACAUGACCCCCUUGACCACCUCAUGUGGGUGGUGUCUUAGUAGCCCCCCUAACAACCUCAUGGGGGCGAUGUUGACCAUGCCCCUUGGCCAUACCAUGGGGGAUCACCACCUUGAUCAUAUCAUGGGGAUUGCAUGCUCAUGGCGGUGUGUGUUGAUGACCACCCCUGAUCAUCUCAUGGGGUCUUUCAUACUUAGCCAAAUUUCCAACCCACCUCACCACACUAAAAGGUACCCCAUGGGGGUGGUAAUAUGACCCCCUCAUUACGUCCCUGUGGGUGGCGGUAGCCCCCUCGGAUGGUGGUAUGAUGCCCACCUCACCCCCUUACCACGUCCUGGGGGUGGCGAUAUGGUGCUCACCCCCUUACCACGUCCAGAGGGUGGAUGUAUGGUGGCCACCCCCCUGACCACGUCCUGGGGGUGGUGAGAUGAUGACCACCCCCUUACCACGUCCUGGGGGUGGUGAUAUGGUGCUCACCCCCUUUACCACGUGUUGGGGGUGUACGUAUGGUGGCCACUCCCCUUACCGUGUCCUAGGGGUGGCGAUAUGGUGCCCACCCCCCUUACCAUGUCCUGAGGGUGGUCGUAUGGUGGCCACCCCCCCCCCCCCCCCCUACCAUGCCCUAGGCGUGCAUGAUAACAUGGGAUAAUGGGCCCAAAAACCCAAUUCACGUGGCCCACUUAAUUGAUUUAAACCUUUAUAAUUAAGUUGGCCUCAUAAAGCCAUUUAAUCCUUUAUUUUUAACCGAUGUGGUACAAGUUGAUUUUUUUAGUGGUAAACAUGUUUGUUUUUAGAGUUGCCAAUUCAACCCCAAUUGCUUUUAUAAGGCAACAUGCUUGCUUCUUUAUAAGUUUUUAAUUCACCAUGGGAGGAGAUGUUAAGCAUAGAGAGAACAAAUUUUCGUAUCCACAACAUAGAAAAUCGAAUAGGUGAUACCUAAAGUCUACUGUUGUGGAAGAUAACUGGUGAAAGAAAUUUGUUGAAGUUGGUUGCACUGGUAUAUUUGAAGGUGUUUAAGUAUGGUUUGGUAUGCCAGAAUUUCUAAGUGAUGGUUGAGGUUCUACUUUAUGAGGUGGUGGUGAACGUGAGUCUUGGUCUUCUAAAUCUGGCUUUUGUUUUGAGCUCACUCAAAGUGGAUGUCAUUGAUGAAUGCUUGUAGUUCAUUUGGUGGACUAGGUGGAUAGGGUGGGUUGUACGAAGGGUGGAAUCAUAUUAUAAUGUAGGAUUGAAAGGAUGGUUAUAAGGUUUGGAAGUGAUAUUGUAUGGAUUGGUGUCUUAAAGUGAAAAAUCAUUUUCAUAGAACAAUACAUCUCUCUAAGUGAAAAUAUCAUAACUAGUAACAUCAUAUAUUUUAUAGGCUUGAUCCUUGCCACAUAUCCAAUAAUUUUCCAUUUAUGGCUUUGGGGUCAAAUUUACUUUAAUUGCUUGUAGUAUUACCUAAGCACAUACAACGAGAAACCCUAAGGUCUGGUAGGUCUUGUUUUUUGUUGUGAAGUUUUCAAAAGGUGUUUGUUCCCCAUAACAAUAAUGGGAACCAUGUUGAAUAAAUACACUAUAUUUUAAUACAGUCUAGGCGCGAAAGGUUGGCUUGGAAUCUCAAGGCUCUGGCUACAACCAGGAUAUGUUGGUGUCUUCUCACAGGGGUGUCUCAGGCUCUCAACACAAGAAAGCUCAUGAAAAAAACUAAUUUCCAUAAAGAAAUUUUUUUUCCUUGGUCACUCAUUCUUUUCACAAAGGUUUGGAAUUGUCUCUCAACAUGUUGGCAUAGCUCUUGUAACUUAGGUUUUGUUUUAAAUUUGGUUUGCAACAGAAGAGCCAUGCCAUCUAGUCAUCUACAGUGUUGAGAAGAUAUUUGAAACCAUCAUAAUUGCAAACAUGAUUUAUCCCUCGAUUUCUACAUGUAUUAAUCCAAAAUCGUGUGUGGUAAUAGUCGAGCUACAAGGAAAAGGAAGUCUCUUCUGGCUCGCAAAAUGAUAGAGAUCACAAGGCAAGAACUUCUCUGUUUCUAUAGAUGUAAAUAGUUGCCUCGAAUGAGAGAUUUUGGAAUGUGAAAUAUGAACUAGUCAAAAAUUUCAGAGAUGAAAAGCUUGAACAUAGCUCCUGUUAUGUGUUUAUGGUUGUUAUAUACUACAAGUGCCAUGUUCUCUAUAUGGUAAAGGCCAUCGGAGAGCUUAGCAGAGCCAACCAUCCUUCUCACUUGCAUAUCCUAGAUCAAACAGACAUUAAAGAAGAAGGUAAGUCAAAGGAAUUUGUUGUGGUCAAUUUGCUAACUAAAAUGAGGUUAAAGCUAAAUUUGGGCACAAACAAAAUCUCACUGAGACCUAAAUCUAUAAUAUAAGUGACUAUCGUUGCAUGAUUUUCCUCUACUUGAUCUGUUAUUGAAUCAGUAAUAUAUACUGUACACUUUUCUGUAACUCACUAGAUAACUUAAAGAGCAUACUAUGUGGUAUGAAGCCCUUAUAUCCAUAUUUUAAGCUUAUUGAUAUGGUGUCUUGUUGUGUACAAUUAGGGAGUAUUUACAUGCGGGUUCUAGAGUGUUGUGGUUGAAUGAUGUAGCUAAAAACCAAGUCCAACAUUGAGUGGAGGCCUUUGGAUGUUCUUCUCAUUCAUAAGAUUCAUAAGUUUGUUCUAAUUUGCUUGGAUGAGUCUGAUUUACUACCGAGAGUCAUCUGGACUUGAUGGUUGAGAUGUGUUGGCAUAAUUUCCUGCAAUUGGAGUUCUUCUUGGAGUCAUUUAUCUAGUCCAAUCAUGCUUGUGAAAUCAUUUGUCUUCUGUGUGCCUAAAUUUUUUUUGACGGUAAGUGUAUUCUAGACUUCUAGUAUCUUUCCAGUUGUAUUUGAAGGCCUUGGAGUCAUCCUAGGUGGCCAACCAUGUUUUCACUAGCUCACAUCUUCUUUAUGAAGUUGUAAUUUCCAUUAAGUGCAAAUUGAUUUCACUUUAAUGUUUUGAAUGUUGUUGCUACCUUGUGCAGCCAAGACCAUACUCUCAACAAUAAAUGCUUUUGCUUUGUUGGGUUCCGUUUUGUUGUCUAUCAUGAUGAAGCAUUCUUUUGAAAAUUUGAUCAGCAAGUGACAAUGUCUCUAGAAAACACAUCGGAUCUUACAUUUGUAAAGUUAUUGUUAAGACCUCUUAGUAACUAAAUCAUAUUAUUAACGCCCUUGUAUGAAAAAUCUUGCCUCAUGGCUGUAUAGGUAGCAUGACUAUCGCAAGUGAAAUUACAGCUUUCAAGAUGUUGCUAGUUGUGUAGCUCAUCUCUUAGAGCAAUCAGGUUUCCAUAAGAGCCAAUGAAAGAGCUAAUCGAAUCUUUUUUUCCUUAUGCCUAUUCGACUUUUUCCCCAAUAAUUUUGAAAUUGUCAAGCUACAACAAUAAUAUUAAAAAAUAUUUGGUUAAAGUGUAGACAACGAAUGUUUCUUGUUGGAAAUAUAUGAUCUUAUUUCCUAGGUAAUGAAAUGUUGUGAAUUACACGCUCUUAUGUGCGAGUGUACAGAGAGAGCAAUGGCUGUUUUUGGGAACCUGACCAUGGUUCUAGUUUGUUUCCAUUUCUCUUUUUUCUUGUACAUCUAUCUUUAUUUUAUUAUUUUCUGAAAUUAUAUAUUAUAUAUCUCUCUCCGUAUUUUCUCAAUCGGUUUAGAGCUGGAAUGAAAGGACGGUAGUCGGGUCAACAACUGCACCCAGCCAGGAUCGUCAAUCGUGUCCAGCCACCGGACUGUAACACGUGGGCCUCUUUUUUGUUCCUCUUUGUGAAUUGGGCCUCUGUUUUAGUUUCGGUCAGCACUUUUGUAGUUUGGUUGAACCUUUUGCUCUUAGAUUAGAAAUCACGUAUAUAAUACUAGCUUUUUACCCGGCCCGUUGGCCGGAGAAAUUUAUUUUCUAAUUUAUAUUAAUUAACUUAUUUAUAUGUUUAAAUAAUUUUAGAUCUUCUAAUUAUUUUGUGUUCUUGAUUCAUAACAGAGUUUGUAGUAUGUCUACAUUAGAAGUUUCCAAUAUUUAGCACAAUUACUUGAGAUGGUUUAGUUUUCUAAUCAUAAAUUAUGCAGCUGUCACGUCCCAUUUAGAACUUAUGUAAAAAUUUGUCAACCAAAACACUAAUAUUAAGCGUACGCCAAUCUGAACCACACAUACACACACAUAUCUAUAUAGUUCAAGCUAGCGUGGGCUAAGAGUACGCUAUACUCUUACGUUCACACUACCAUACGACCAUUGAGAUUUACUAUUUAUACCCCGAAUUAACUGGAGUUUUUUGGGGCAUGAUACUAUACCCUAACCCAGUGAACUCUAGUCCCUAAUUCACCCUCUAAUUUAUCCCCCACCCCCAUGAUAGAGAUCCCGCUUUUACCCACAUAACGUCAGACAAUGAUUAGAGGCUAUGGUUGUGAUCAGAGGUAUUUAGCCCCCGAAAGGGAUUGGGAUUUUAGGUCCUUUGGAAAUCCAAUACACAUUCAUGAUCCUCGAGUUUGGACGAACUCUCGGCCAAUGUUGUAAAGAUUAGGACUUUUUAGUGGGAAAUUCUUAGUAAAGAUACUUAAGUAUUGGAUCAAUUUAUUCAUCCAUAUUGAAACUUGACACACACCGUAGCCCUCAUGAUGAUUAAACUAUCUAUUCUCGACUCAUUUCCAUUUUGGAUGUUAGUUUUUUUUUUAUCAAGACACUUAAAUUUAGUAUAUUAUACAAUUUGUAUCAAUUGUUAAUUCUUGAAGUUUAGACUAAACCUCAACCCGUGGUCAUUGUUUAUAUGUUGGCUUAGAAUCCCAAUCUAAGACACUCACACACACUAUCGAGGAUUAUGGUCUUAACAUGGUCGUUGAAUGUGUAAUUUUCAAAGAUUUUAUCACUUAUAUAUUAAUAAUUGAUAAAGAGUGUACACAAUACACAUAUAUUUCAAGUGCAUUAAAAUGUCUUAUCAUUUUAAGAAUAUCGGUGGAUUUCAUUUGAUUAUUUGCAUUAACUUAUUAUCUUAUACAACAUAUAUCAGUUCGUGUUUCUCGAUUUUGGACAAACUGACAACCAAUAUUGAGAGUUGAGAUUAUUGGAUAAAGAUACUUGAUUGCUGGAUAAAUAUGUUUAUCCCAAUUGACUAUCUUACUAAAAAUUGCCAGCUUUUAUUUGGUAAAUGCCUAGGUUAGUAGUUGAUGAAACGUGAUGUUUAUCGUAGAUUCUCAACAAAGAUUUCUCUAACCUUCACAUGUAUUAUUUUUCAAGGAAUCUUGUGUCUCAUCCUAGGGUAUGAAGUCAAAGUUUGUCAAUAAUCAUACUUAAGUCAUUUUGAAAAUUUUGAUUUAUAAUCUUUGACGAUAACUCCAAUCUGAAAGAAAUUUUUUUAGCAUAUGAUUUAGAACCUCAAUAGAGCUUGUUCAAUCAA